AUGCCUGCCCCUAAGCCGGAAUCCCGGAACCCUUCGGCGUGGGCCGGUUCCUGGGCCCCUCAAGACAGCCGGUCGCGGCUCCGGCGCCCUGGUGGGACCCCUCCUCACCUCUCUCCCUGGGCCCCUACCCCACCCACGGGCACCAAGCCCGCCGACCCUCCCCCGCCGGCCACCCCACUCAACCCCACGUCCUCCGGGGGCCCUGCCUCCUGCCCAGGGCCCGGCAAGCCCUUCCCGAAGCGUGAGCGAAUUGUCACCUGGGACUAUGGGUCCGAGGCCCUGGUCCCCCUCCUCCCGCCACCUCUCCCUGCCCUCUGCGGCGGUGAGCGGCGGACCUUGGAUGCCCUUGGCGGCACCGGGCCUGGCCGACUCCCCCCGUCCCUGCGCAUGGCUGGGGGGGGUGGGCGGAGACUUCCACCACCCUCCGGGGUGCCUGAGGCCUCGUGGCCCCCGCGCUCGGCAGCGGGGCUGGCGUGGGCCAGAGGCCGCCCGACCCGGCAUGGCAGCGAAGGCGGCCACAGGGGCCGAGGCCCUGGCCCCUGGGCGGCGGCCUGCGGCGCGAGGCACCCGCCCAGAUCGGCGCAGUUCACCGCCAGCCCCAGCGCCCCCUGCCCCGACUGGCCCCUCCCCGCCCCACCGCGCGGGGCCGUCGUGCGGCGCGGCCAGCCAGUGGCCCGCGCCCGCAGGCGGCCUCAUCCCAGCCCUCGGACCUCAGAGCCCCAGCCCCCGCCCCUCCCCGCCGCCGGCCCGGGCUCCCUCCGAAGGGCCUGGCCCACUGCACGCUGGCUGGCCUGUCGGCCGGCCGUGACCUGCCCGCUCGCCCCACGGACAGCUGCUCCCCUCCUUCGCCCGGGACCCAAGGCCCGGCCCUUCGGCCGGAUGGAUGGACGGAUAUUGGCCCCGGCAGAUGGACAGGCGGACGGUCGGUCGGCUGCCGGCCGGCUCCUGGAACCUGGGCCCCUCCAUACUACCCAUUUCCUGGGCCCUCCCGAUCCAGGAAACAAGACGGGCGGGGCGUGGGCCGGCCAGGAGCCCUCAAGACAGUCCCGGGGCGCGGCGCCGCCCAGAGGGGGCAAGAACCCGUGUCCCGAGGUAGAGAGAAAAAGCAACGGAGACAAAGCAAGCCGACUGGUCCCCAUGCGCACGCUCCAGCCCGAACGUGCACCCACCUCACCUCACUGUCUCGGGGGGCUUCUCCUGGCCUGA